GACUGAGCGGCACGGCACGCUAGAGGCACCUUAUGGGAAACAGAAAUGCGGAGAUUGCUCCCCUCGUCAGUUUUAUCUUUGCACCACCACCCUGGACUCGCAGGUUCAACUACAUCUUCGUGUUGACACGAGCUCAGGCGUGCAUGGUUCCGUGCGGCGCACAGAUGGAGCUGUGCGCUCCGAGUGUGAGUGAGAGCUCAGCAGAACGAGUGGCAGCAUUCUUACUGGACCAAAUGUGAAGAUAAAAAGUUCAAAUCAACAUGUGACGGGUUAUCACUUCAAAGGAAUUACAAAAGCGGCAAAGAGUGCUUUAGCUGAGUGACCCCUUCAGUUAUUUCCCCCCCUAUUUUUCUUCGUCAGCGUGCAUCCAGGAUGGAUCCCGUUUGGCUUCUCCUCCUGCUGCCAUCCGUCCUCAGAGCGCAGGUGGCUUCAGAUUUCCCAUCAGGCGUCACAGUGGAGACGGCCAACAGCACUGACUCAUUGACAAACAAUACAAGAACUUCAGAAAACUCCACCAGCCCCUCCACUUCCUCCAUUGCUGCAGAGGCUUCGGGGUUUGCCCCUUCAGAAGCUCCCAUAGAAAUAGAGGAUGACUGGUCACCGGCAGAGACAUUUCUGUACACCGGAGACCCCUCGACUCUGGUAGUGGGCCGCUGUUCACGGGCGUAUAGCACCCGUGGGCAGAUGGGACCCCUGCCCUUCAGCUUCACCGCCCCCCUCAGGCCAGCUAUGGAUGCACUAGCCAACACUGCCAACUUUCUUAACAUGAUCUUCCAAGCUAGUGACCUGCAUGAGAGCACGGUGCAAGAGGAUAUGGAGUGGUACCAUGCCCUGGUCCGUGCCCUUCUAGAGGCUGAUGUGCUCAUCCGGCGGGCCCUGUUUACGUUUGAUGCUGACCCAACUGCCCAGGUGCCGCAGCUAGUGCUCCAUGCAACUCGCACCCAAAUGGCUAAGGUGCAGACAAUCAUCCUCCAGGAUUUAUCCAAGGCAUGGGAGAGCCUGCACCCACCUGCCCCUGCCCCUGAUGACAGCUGGUUCAGAAAACUGAAAUUCCCAGAGUCCAGCCAGCCAAUUACAGCCCUGUCCAAACGAGUGCUCCUCAAUGACCUCAACACCUUGGACACACCUAAGUGGGGGCAGGGUGACAGCUAUGUGACCAAUCGCAGUGGGGUACGCUGGGAUAGUGCUCCUUUUCUGGACUGUAUGGAUGAACGCUUUGUGCCUGGCUGGAUGCUCACUCUCUCCACCUCCUUCUAUGGCCUCAAGCCCGACCUGACACCAGAAUUCAGAGGUGUGAUCCGUGUGGAUGUCAACAUUCAGGACAUUGACUUGGACCAGUGUGCAACAGGGGAAGGCUGGUUUGCUGAUACUCACCAGUGCAACCGCACCACCAUGGAGUGUAUUACGAUUCCAGGCCGGGGUUUUCGAUUGGGUCAAUACUGCUGUCGCUGUAAAGAAGGAUACUACAGCCCUGAUGUAUCGCCUCAGGACUCAGAUGGAGCCCCUGUGAAUGAGAGUGACAGCAAUGGUAUGUGUUACCCGAACAUGCGCAUCUGUCUCCCCUGCUGGCCGGGCUGUAAGAGCUGCCAGGACGGUACCCCAUGCUGGGUGCAGGAGGACUGGCUUCUUAGGUCUGGUGUGCUCGCCAUCCAGGGGGUCUUCAUGCUCCUCAUUUUCAUCAGCAUGCUGGUGGCCUACCGGCAUCGUCGCAACCGGCGGAUCCGGGCUUCUGGCCUGCUGCUGCUGGAGACGAUCUUGUUCGGCUCCCUGCUCCUCUACUUCCCGGUCUUCAUCAUGUACUUCAGGCCAAGCACCUUCAGGUGCAUCCUGCUCCGCUGGGUGCGAAUGCUUGGUUUCUCCAUUGUCUACGGCACAGUCACACUAAAGAUGUACAGAGUACUGAAGGUGUUCCUGUCACGCACAGCCCAGAGAAUGCCCUACAUGUCCAGCCUCCACUUACUGAGAAUUCUGGGAGUGAUGCUGAUGACAGUCAGCUGGUUCCUGUGUGCAUGGACGGUGGGUGUUAUGCAGAAUCGUGACAGAAACAUUCCAGUCUUCAUCACAACCAACACACCUGAUGGACAGGGCUUCAACAUGUGUUACCUUGACCGUUGGGACUACAUGAUGGCUGUAGCUGAGCUUCUGUUCCUGUGCUGGGGGAGUUCACUGUGGACUGCUGUAAGGCCAGUACCCUCAGCUUUCCAUGAACCUCGUUACAUGGGCAUCGCCAUCCACAAUGAGCUGCUUCUCUCCUCUCUGUUCCACCUGUUCCGAUUUACCUUUCCGUCUCUUCAUCCUGAUUGGAUGCUGCUGCUCUCCUUCAUACACACCCAUGUCACCAUCACUGUGACACUCGCCCUGCUCUUUGUUCCCAAGUUCCUUUAUGUAUCCAAACCUGGGAGAGAGGAGAUUGCAGCAGAGGUGUAUGAAGAUGAAGUUGACCUGCGGCGCUCUGGCUCCUACCUCAACAGCAGUUUUCACUCUGCAUGGAGUGAGCACAGUGUGGACCCUGAUGACUUUCGGGUAAACACUGUUGUCCCCACAGAACGAUGUUAUCACUUUGCAAAGGUCUACAGAGACGGUCAGUAUCAGUUACAGAAGUUCAAUGAAGUCAGCAUCUCUAUCACCAUCACCAUCCAUGCGGAAGUCGCAAAGUGA